AUGACACCCAAGCGAGUGAGAACUGUCGAGGGCUCAUGCUGGCUAUGCAAAGAUCGCCGGGUUCUAUGCGACUUGCAGCAGCCUCGUUGCUCCCGAUGCGUGUCCAAAGGUGAACCAUGUGAAUACGGUGAGGUACGCUUGCGCUGGUGCAAUGGCGUAGCGGCUCGAGGCCGAUAUGCUGGUCAGAAUGUACCUGUGUCAAUACCAUCAGCCAGGAGGGAUUCUUCUAGAGGGUCGUUAGGAAAGACACCGCCGUUGCAAUCAACCGAAAACGAUCAAGGUGAUGGGGAAGUCCCUAAAGUCGAAACAUUGUCGCCAGUAAGCUCCAAUGCACUACAGAUAUCGGGGCUUUCAUCACAAGUGACAGCAGAGCAGCUAUUGCUCUAUUUUUCCAACGUCGUGGUCGACCGUUUCAGCCUUUCCACGGAUCGGAUAUCGAUUAAUCUCCCAUCAGUAUGCGAAGAGCCUGCUCUUCGUGACUCGAUGAGCGCCGUUGCAAAUGCACAUCAUGUUCUUUCCCUGUAUCCUGGUCGUCCAGGUGUAGGGCUCGCCAAGAAGAGGGCACGUUGGAGCGCUAUUCACAAUUUCCGAGCUCGGCUGGAAUGCCCGAGCAUGGAGUCGAGGACACCGGGCCUCGAUCUGUUCAUGGCCAACGUCCUGCUCUGUAUACUAGACGGAGUCAUUGACCCGCAUGACGAAAGCGCAGCUACUCAUAUGCAUUAUCGCGGCGGACGAGCAAUCCUCAGUCAAUGGAAGCUUCAGAAACAGUUAUAUCAGGAAAAACGCGGCUUGCCGGCUUUGAUGUUGUCUGUUUUUGCAACCAUGGAUUUGACAUACUCGAUGCUUAGCGGUGAAGAACAGUAUUUUCAGCAUACUAUCUGGAAUGGCUUUGCUGAGAGUGAUGGCUGGUGGGGGACUCUUCCUCAAGAUGAUCCCUUUUUGGAAGUUAUGUGUACUCUAUCGCGUCUGACUCGACUGGGGUCUCUCGUAAGCAAGGGCCUUGAUUUUCCUGAUGAGGCCCUCAACGAGGAAGUGAGUACUCUCCUGACGACUCUGCAGGGCCCUCCCCAGAUUCCGUAUGAUAUUUCUUGUCCCGAAAGAAUGGACUUGGAAGACCAACCGGCUCCUCUAUUGCUUUUUACCUCGCCAGGCCACCACGAUUUAGAUCACAACCAGUCAUGGAUUGUCUUCUGCAAUGCAUACCGGAUUGCCGGUCUAAUAUACGCGUACCGCGUCUUUUAUCGGCUAAAUUUCGGCGAUCCCUUGAUACAACAGGCCGUGAACCUGGGUAUACAAGCCGUCUGCAAAACACGACUAACAGGCAAACUAUCACACUGCUUGCUCUUCCCAGCGCUCGUAAUCGGAAGCCAUUGCCAAUCCAACGAAGACCAGGCAGCGAUACUCGCGACGAUCCAAUCAACCGCGGCAUUCUUGCAUUUUGGGUCGCUUCGAGUUAUGGAGAGCUUUUUGCAUCGAGUGUGGGAGCGAGCUCCAGCGGCGGAGACUUGGUGGCAGUUUUUUGAGCCGAUUUCCAAGAAGGCCUUUUUAUUUUGA